AUGAACCAAGGCGCAAACUCCACUGGGUUCGGAACCCUGAACUCGGCAUUUUCCGGAUUCGGCAACGCAUCCGCCUCGGGCACUCCUGCUGCCGCAAACACCGGAUCAUCUUCCAUGUUUGGCCAAAACACAAAUUCGGCCUCCAACGCCCAGCCGGCCUUCAAUUUCGGCGGAAAUUCACAGCUGGCCACACAGCCGAACUCCGGCUCCAGUGUGUUUGGUUCAGGCCAAAAUUCCGGCUCCUCCGGCCUCUUUGGAGCUGCCAAACCAGCUGCAACGCAAAACUCUUCAGGAACACAAAGCGUUUUCGGCCAAAACAGCAAUAGCAACGCUGCAGGAACACCUUUUGGCUCGAACGCCGGAGGCUCGUCUUUGUUUGGGUCCAAUACCGCUUCUGGUGCUGCACCUGGUGCUGCCUCUACUCUGAGUGUCUUUGGUGCCUCCAACACUUCCUCAAACAAUGCGAGCGGCGCUAGCACUCCCUUUGGCGCUAAGCCCGAUGCCGGGUCUGCGCCAGCGUUCAGUUUUGGUGCGUCUUCGACGGCCAGCAAGCCAGCUUUCGGUGCAGCAGCUCCAGCCUCCACUUCUGCGUUCGGUGCCUCCGCUCAGCCUGCUGCUUCUACGGGAAUGUUUGGUGCUAAGCCUGCCGAGACUCCCAAGUCCGGCUCUCCAGCACCCGCUUUUAGCUUUGGUGGUGCCAAUGCUGCGCCAAAGCCAGCUGGUACCCUUUUUGGUGCUAGUGCUAGUGCUGCUCCUACAUCGUCUGCUGCUCCUGCUGGCAGCUUGUUCGGCGGUGCCAGCAACGGUGCUUCGACCAGUACGUCGGCUUUCGGUCAGAAACCGGCUGCAAGCUCAUUGACUCUGUCCACUACUGCCAACCCACAGGAAGCCGCUAAACCCGCAUCUUCAAGUCUCUUCGGUGCCAAACCAGAGGGUGAUAAGCCUGCCGCAGCUCCACUAUUCGGGGCUUCCUCGGCUUCCAAACCAGCUUCUACUGGCCUCUUUGGCGCUAGUUCUGAAUCGAAGCCAUCGGGUACCCUUUUCGGUAGCACUGAUGCCAGCAAACCUGCCUCAACCUUCUCUUUCGGCAAACCGGAAGCUUCUAAAGAGUCCCUGACUCCUCUUUUCGGCGCUAAGCCCGAAGCUAAAACCGAAUCUGCUCUGGCACUGGCUCCUGCUUUUUCUUUUGGUAAACCUGCUGAGAGUAAACCAGCUGCCCAGGCUGAAACCAAACCGGCAUUUUCCUUUGGCAAGCCUGCUGAAACCAAGUCUUCUGCCUCAACACCAGCUGCUGCACCAACCUCUUUGUUUGGCAAGCCCGCUGGCGACAAGACUGAAACCAAACCUGCGGCUGCGCCAUCGUUCUCCUUUGGCAAACCUGCUGAAGGCACAGCCGCUGCAAAGACUGAUGCUGCUGCCCCGGCUUUCUCUUUUGGAAAACCAAGCGAGACCAAGCCUGCUGCAAAGACUGAUGCUGCUCCAGCUUUCUCCUUCGGAAAACCAUCUGACGAAAAGGUCGCUACCAAAACUGAUGCCGCUCCAUCCUUCUCUUUCGGCAAGCCUUCUGAUGACAAGGCUGCUCCUAAGGCUGAUGCUGCACCAUCCUUCUCUUUUGGCAAACCUUCUGAUGACAAAACUGCUUCUAAAAGCGAUGCUGCAACACCUUCAUUUUCUCUUGGAAAGCCUGCCGAGAAACCUGCCACUUCCGGUAGUACCUUCUCGUUUGGCGCUAAACCUGCUGAAGCAGGUGCUGCUCCUAAAACCAGUACGACCACUACCGCUCCUGCUCCUGCUUCUGGUGCUGCUCCCGCUGACACCAAAACGACUGCCAAGCCUGCUGAGACAGCUGCUCAAGCUGCAAAGGACCAGCCCAAUCUCAAGCCCACUGAGGUCAAGCCUAUCCCUGUGUCUUUGGACAACAAGACUAUUGAUGACUUGAUAAUGCAAUGGUCAAGAAAACUUACACAAGCUGAAAACAUCUUUGGCGACUACACAAACAAAGUACGUGUGUGGGACGAGAAGCUUGCUGCCACUGGUCAGGAUAUCAUGGACUUGCAUCGCGACUCUGUUAAGGUUGAGGGUAUGCAACAAAGAAUAGAUCAGCAAUUGUUAUUUGUUGAGAGUCAGCAGGACGAGCUUGAUAAGAUUUUGGACAACUACGAACAGCAAGCUGACAUUUUGCUAGCGAACAUUGACUCUAGUGGGUUCGAGAGUGCUUUGGUGCCCUCUGGCAACCGCAGCGGAGCAGGAACAUCCAACAUAUACGUCACCGACGACCUACGCGAGAAAGCCUACCACAACGCCGAAGUCAUUGAUGACAAGCUCAGCACAUUGGGUGACAACUUAUCGACUUUGAUCGAGAACAUCAACUCUGUCAGUGACGCCUUCAACAAGGAACUGUUGAAGGGCAUCAAGACCGAGGAAGGUGAAAACGGAUCUGGCCAGAACAUCGUCGACGGUACUGUGAAGCUCAUCAAUCUCCACUUGGACAGCUUGAAGUAUAUCGAGAGCAAGAAAAACGAAUUGGAGGAGAAGGUCAAAAUCUUGAACAAAGGUCACUAA